GGUGUUUGGAAAGUCUUCGCUAUGACUAGGAAAAUACAAUACACAGCAACUUAUUCCCAUGUUGCUUUUGGCAAGCACGUCAUGAUAUUAAUUCUUGAUCUUUGAGAUUUCAAUAGAGGCAAACUUCUGCAGAAAGUGAAAACUUAAAUAUGAACCAUGCCUCAAUUUGUCCAUUUUGCUAGUUCUGUUGUACUCCUAUGUGUCUACAAAAAUGAAGCCUACCUCAAGAAAUUAUUAUCCUCUUGUUUUCUUUGGGUCAUUAUUCUGUCUCUUUAUGGCCAGAUUUGGUGCUGAAAGUGACAUCUAUUGCUUGCAAACUAUCAAGAACAUGGACACUUCUGAUCUCUUAUCUAGCUGGGAUUUCGAGAGCAACACCGAGCGUGGCAUAUGCAGAUUCAGCGGUGUUGAAUGCAGCAGCAACUAUGUGGAAGAUAGAGUAAUCGGUAUAUGGCUAUCUAACAUGGGGCUGAAGGGUCAGUUUCCUCGUUGCAUCGAAGAUUUCAUAUGGUUGCAGACUCUGAUCCUCUCACACAACGACCUUUCUGGAUAUAUCCCAAACGAUAUAUCAGCCAAGCUGCCAUAUCUGACCACACUUGAUCUCUCAAAUAACUAUUUCUCUGGUGAAAUUCCAAAGGGUAUUGCCAAUUUGUCAGGCUUAAUUACCCUUCUACUUGAUGGCAACCGGUUAACAGGCCAAAUCCCACAAGAUCUUGGGUUGCUUCCCAGGCUGAGAGAUUUCAGUGUUGCAAAUAACUUGUUGGAAGGGUCAGUGCCUGUUUUUGUGAACAAUCUUAAUGUGAGUUUGAGCUAUGCAAAUAAUAGUGGACUCUGUGGGGGAAUACUAGGAAACUGUGAUGAGAGCUUGUUUGGUAGAUCGUUCUGGUAUAGUUUUAUUGUUGCUUUUGCUUGCUCAGCUACUUCUGUUCUAGUUUCUUUCAUGUACUAUUAUGCACCUUGGACAGAAUUCAAAAAGAGGAGGAGUAACGCUAUUCAUCCCCUAGUCAAGAAGCAGAACACUGAACAAGAAGCUGAAUUGCUACCACUGGCCUUUCAUGAGCAAGGAAGCAAAGAGCUAUCAAUAUUGUUGGAGAGAUUUAUUUCUAGAAUGAGCUUCAAGGAAUUAUGCAAGGCAACCGAUUACUUUUGCAUUGAUAACGUGUUGGGGAUAGGAAAGACAGGGAUUAUGUACAAGGCAAAGGUAUCAAAUAGUUGUAUUCUGGCAGUUAAGAGACUGUAUGAUGCUGAUAAGUACAAGUGGAAAUUCUUACUUGAAAUAAUGAUUCCGAGAAGACACAGGCACAGAAACAUAGUUCUACCGCAUGGAUUCUGCAUAGAGAAACAUGAAAGGGUUUUGGUGUAUGAGUACAUCUCUAAUGGAAGACUCAGUGAUUGGUUACAAUCUGACGAGGGACAUCAACCAACAAAAUUAGAAUGGCCCGAGAGGAUUCACAUUGCACUUGGGAUUGCAAGAGGUUUAUCUUGGCUCCACAAAAGAUGCAACAUAGUCCACCUCAAUUUAGAUUCGGAGUGUGUCUUGCUGGACAAGUACUUUGAGCCAAAAAUUUCGAAUUUUGGCAAGGCGAAAUUCCUAAACCAGACUGUUGAAGAUCAUGUGAGGAUGAAAUUCUUUUUGGUUGAUAGACUUGGAGUGAAGGGUUAUGCUGAGAAGGAUGUCUAUGAUUUUGGAAUAGGAAAACGUUUCUUCAACAACAGAUUUUUGACAACAAUUUGACAACAACACG